CCAAAUAGAGCCUUUAUGAAGAAAAAUAUGGCAGGCCAUGGACCGGUUAUGCAAGCUUUUUUAGGCACAUUAUUCACAUGGGGCCUUACUGCAGCUGGCGCUGCACUUGUUGUGAUUAUCAGAGGCUCACAGAGGAAACUUCUGGAUGCCAGCUUGGGAUUUGCCGCUGGUGUUAUGACAGCAGCUUCUUACUGGUCACUUUUGUCUCCUGCCAUCGAAAUGGCUGAACAGUCCAAAAUAUAUGGAGAGAAUGGCGAAUAUGCCUUUGCUCCGGUUGCAUUAGGCUUCUUGUUGGGAGCCUUAUUUGUCUAUGGUGCUGAUGUAUUAAUAUCAAUACUUGGUGUUCAUUCUCCAAACAUGAUGCUAGCACUCCAUUCCACAAGUAGUCGUAAGGAGAGAAGGGACCUUACUAGACCAAAUUCCCAUAUAUCUUCAACAGAUUCAACUGCCAUUGAUGGUUUUUCUGAAUUAGGAGGCACAGUCCAUCAACGCAGAAGGGGUAGAUCUGAUAAAAUGAAAGGACAGAGUGAAGAAAUAGUUCAUACACAGAGUUAUGAAGAUGUUUCCAACAUUGAAGAAAUCCAACAUGGACAGUGGAAACGAAUAAUACUUUUAGUAAUAGCAAUCACAGUCCAUAAUGUUCCUGAAGGUUUAGCUGUAGGUGUUGGUUUUGGCGCUAUUGGUAGCUCAACUUCAGCCACUUUUGAAAGUGCUCGGAAUCUUGCCAUCGGAAUAGGCAUUCAAAAUUUUCCCGAAGGAUUAGCUGUGAGUUUACCAUUACAGGCAGCGGGAUUUUCAACAUGGAGAAGCUUUUGGUAUGGACAGCUUAGUGGAAUGGUUGAACCAAUUUUUGGUGUUCUCGGUGCGGUUGCAGUAGCCUUGGCCCAACCAGCAUUGCCUUAUGCACUGUCUUUUGCAGCAGGGGCAAUGAUUUAUGUUGUAGUAGACGAUAUUAUUCCAGAAGCCAAUACAAACGGCAAUGGAAAGCUAGCAACCUGGGGUGCUAUUUUAGGAUUCCUUGUUAUGAUGACACUAGAUGUAGGUCUAGGAUAGUUAAUAUUUUUCAUUUUAGCUAACGACAAUUUUUUAGAUAUAAUGUUAAAUUUAUUCCUUUGAAAGUCUUGUAUUUUUACUUUUGUCUUAGUUCUGUAAUUUUUACACUGGAUUCACUUUAUCGGUCUAGGAAAAUGAUCAGUUGUCCUUUUGUUUUUACAGUUUAGUAGUUGUACUUAUGUAUUACAUUUUUAAGAUAUUAUUUUAUUUUCUUCUUAUAUAACUUCAUUUAUGCUUCCGUACUUACGAUUAUAUUGACUGUUAAUGUGUUUAUUCUAAAAUCAAUUUACAACAACUACUGCUGUGAUAGUAAAUCUAAGAACUGUUGUCAAUAAAGGUGAGAAGAAGAAGCAAAGACACAAUAAAUUUAGCCAUUAAAUUAUUCUUCCGUAAUUACUAAUUUCCACGCAUUCUUUCAAAAUUGCUUAUGUUUUUUAUAUAUACUCCAGUUCCUAUUUCUAUGUAGAUUCUAAAUCUUGAAUAACUUAAUUGAAGUUCCGUUAAUACAGUAUCUCGUUUGAAAUAAUCUUCAAGUAAUAAAUUUGAUAUUUUAUUGUGAAGCAAGAGCUUCAUUAAAAUUUUCCCCCCUUUCUUACCGAGCUCACAAGGGUAGCUAUAACAACGUAACAAAACAGACUUAAUAAAACUGUGAAGAACUGACGGGUCAAUUUAAGAAAAUUCUUAGCAUAUAAAGGCGGAAAAAUUAUAAUGAGCAGAAACAUGUCACGAGAAAAAUUUUGUGAAUUUAGCAAGAAUCAUGACAAAAAGCUUGAAGAAAAGAAAAAGCGUCAGUUAAGGCAACCUACACAGUCACAAGAAGCCUGCGGAAACAGAAUAUUAAAAUUGUCGACUAAAGAUCUACAGAUCUAAAGGAGAUAAUUUCAAAAAGAAAAAGUUGAUCUUAGCGACACGGUUAUUUUGGUAUCUGAAAAUGACUAAAAAGAUGUGGAAAUUUUAACGGGGCUCUAAAUAAACGCUAAAAUUCAAGCAAUAGAAACGAAGUUGGGGCAAAAACUAGAAAUUAAAGAAAAAGAAUUGGAAGAAUUUUUACAUAUUUUAAUUGAUUAAUUUUACUUAUACGCAUAAAUAUUACGCCAUAUCACCAAUAAUAAAUAAUUUUAGAAAUUGGAGUUUUUCAAAAAUUAAUUAUACCGAAAUUUGUUUGUAAAAGAUUGUCCAUAAAUUUUCCAAAUCAAUGUAAGGCCUAGUACACCAAGUGCGACUAUGAUUUAAAUAAGAUAUUAUCUUUAUAAUAUUGUUAUAAAUAAUUUUAAAAUAAAAUUAAUCGCCUUGAUGUACCCGGUCCCAACCGUACUUUAAAUACAUUCGCAACUCUACACACAUUUUCUGUAUAUUUUUUUUUUUGUAAUAAAUAAAGUAGUGCAAUUAA